AUGGUGGUAGGUGAAAUAAAGAGCUGUGAGAGCUGUCCGUUGAUGGUACAGGAGAUUCACAACGCACGUUGGGCUACAGAUCCCGGAUAUUAUGUUGCUAUUGCCAGUUCCGUUGUUAUACCGUCCAGACGUGGUGUUUCUGUUGACAGAUGGCAUUUGACAAGUCAACUGUUGUUUAUUCAGCUCAUGGAAGGGAAACUUCCACAUGAGUGCAUGGCCGGUGGAGACUUGAGGCAAGUGAUGAGAACAUAUCAGGCAGCCACUGACUGUCAUUGUGGCAUACAAUUGAUUAACAUGUGUCUCCUGGCUAUUUUGAAGAGAAUGGGCUGUAUCCGUGUUUCUGAUAUCGGCCAGUGUGAUCGUCAUCAGCAACAACAACGCUUUGCUGUUUUGUAUGCUGGUGGAUGUGAAUAUCCUGAUCAAUUGAAAUUUUGUCUGGUCGGUGAAGAAAUGGCAGGCAAAACGACGUUGAGCAUUGCGAUGGGAGGAAGCGGAGAUGCAACGAAGAGAACGGCUGGUAUCGAUGUUAUACUGGCAACCAGAAGGGAACUGGGCGGUGCCAUGCUUGUUCUCGAUGUGGCCGGUCAUAAAGAAUUUCAUCAAACGCAUUCUCUCUUUAUGAGCGGCGAAUCUGCUAUAUUUGCCCUCGUUAUCGAUGCAAGGAAGAGCGCUGAAGAAAUUUGCGCUAUUGCCAAGUACUUUCUCUCAUUUGUACUGUCAGCACGACGACCUUCUGAAGGAGGAGUUCCCCCUUACAUGCUUACUAUUGGCACCCACGGAGAUCCGGAGGAGACGAAGAAGAACAAGCAAAUACAACUAAGGGAUGUCAUGAAUCAAGUUUACAAAGAAUUUGACAGAUAUUUUACCUUUGUUAGAGUUGAAGACGCAGGAGAUGAAUACAAAGUUGGUAAUGCUUAUAGACGUUAUUAUCCACCUGCCGAACUGUUUUCUAAGGACGCUAUCGUGUUGGACGCGAGAGACAAAAACUCAGUAGAAAUGAAAAAGUUGCUGAAUCUUAUUGGUAAAGUUAGAAGCAAGGCUCUGAAGAGAUUGCCCAAAGUCCCUACUAUUUGCAAGAAGGUUCAUGACGAAAUAUUAAUUAAGCUUCGUCGUAGCAAGAAGUUUGUAGCAAAAGAAGAAUUUCGUCGACUCGUAACGAGGAAGUUUUCUGAGUUAGAAGGAGAGGCAUUCAAAGUACUAAUGGAACAUUUUGAUGAACGUGGAGAGAUAGUUGACUUGGAUGAUCGAUUGGUCAGUGACAUGCAAUGGUUGUGUUACUUUGUUAUCGGUGCGAUUCUUCCCGACAAGAAUUCUCCUGAUUUUUAUGUCAAGUUGCAGACCGACGACGACGGUACGGCAACAAUAGCACAAAUUAAGGAAACCCUCAAGCGAUUUGGUGAGAGCAAAGGAGUUCAAUUUAAUGAGGACGUGAUGUUGGCCAUCCGUGCUCUCUGUCACUUGGGUCUCAGUUUAGAACAUCCGAGCAGGAAGGAUAAGAACGGCGAUCCUCUUUACAUUUUUCCUUGUCAUAUUAAGAAGAGCAUGCCAGCGAGCGCCUGGCAGCAAGAUGGCGCUAAGCCAGUGCACGUUGGCCGUCGCGUUCAAUGCAAGUACUCGCACCAUCUCAUCACUCCGGGCUCUUAUCCUGUCAUUCAAUGCGAAGCCUCGAAGAGCGAAUAUAUGAGUGUAAUAGAUCUGUGGGAUGGUGGCAUGAAAGUGCAACAGAGGCUCCAUGAUGUGAUGCCGCGCCAUUUACCGGCAGAAGCGCUGGUACAAAUUACCAAUAAGAAGAGAGCCAUUCAGAGUAUGGACGUGAUCGCUCGAGGUCCACGCUACAGUGAAGGAGAUUGCAUGAUGUUGGUUGAGUCCGUUCUUGACCUCAUGAUGAAAGUAUUUGACAAGAAAAGUCCAGGAACUGUUUUAGAGACACAACAUUUAAGUCAUGCUUCCAUCAGUCAGUACAGUGAAGCAAUCGUUUCUUACACUGAAAAAGCAGUCGAAACCGCUAAACGAGACAAGAAAACGGUCGUCACUCACGAGAAAGGAGAGGAUCGCCUGAUCGAUCUCGUUGCUGUUGAUUCUAGUCACAUUAUUCGAAUGAAGACAAAGAUUCGUCAUCAAUUGUGCAAUAGAAGUGGGUAA